CUAGCCCUCAGCCGCCUCCACCCCCACCUCCCAGCCCCCAGCCUCCUUCACCCCCACCGCCCAGCCCUUCGCCUCCUUCGCCCAACCCUCCUGCCUUGCCUUCGCCCUCUCCUCCUGUUCCACCGCCGCCACCCGCUAAGGUCAUCUCUGCUAACAAGCAGGUGACCUUCACCCCAUCGUUCUGCUCCUCAUCCCUGGUUGAUGUGCCCUUUGACACGACCAAUAGCACCGAUUUCGCUCUUUACGAUGUCGUAUUAAAGAUUACAUUUCUGUACGACACCUUGUUUGAUGAUAGCGACGCCGUUGUGAUCGCCAUGAGGGUUGUGUACGGCAGCUCAACGAAUCCAGAUCUGCCCCCACGCACCGAAACCAUUGCGGGCACUUUCUACAGCCCUUCUAGCUCGACCACCGUCGAGGAAACCUACACAUUUUCCACAGCCUCCAAGCUCUCGGUUAUCAGCGUGUGCUGCAACUCGGCGAACCGCUUAGCAGGUGUCCUGCUCACCUUUGCUGACGGCUCCUCCACUGCAGCGGGACGCUGCAGCCAACCUAACGGCGGCGCUGCCAUUGUUCCCAAGGCCGGUUGGCUUGGAGGCCUCAAGGGUAGCCGAGGAGCCAUCCUGGGAGACCUCUCCUUUGCUAUUGUCGGACCAAUCGCCCCUUCGCCGCCUCCAGCUCCUUUCGUUCAAGGCCGCAUGCCGCCGCCCUCGCCACCGAACCCACAUCCGCCGAAUCCCCCGUCACCCAGCCCCCCGCUACCUCCCAGCCCGCCUCCUCCAUCGCCUCCUGGACCUCCCAGCCCUCCAUCGCCCCCAGCUCCCCGGGCUCCGAACAAGCCCCCUCUGCCGCCACGACCGCCGUCGCCGCCUCCGCCACCGCCUUUCCUGCCCUUCCCGCCACCGCCGCCGAAGGGCAAAAUACCACCUCCGCCAUCACGUAGACCGCCACCGCCGCCUACGGUUAAGGCACUAGAGGCUGCGUUUACCACAGCGGUGAAAACAGACUAUCCAAAGAUAGUCAUGGGCCUGCCGCCCAAGAUUCCAAACCUAGCACCAGCCGCAAAACAGGUUUUGAUUGGCCCCAGCAUUCCCAUCGCUCGUGACCCCGCCGGGUCGAACGUCAUCACGGCCACGCGCUACGGCAAGGGUCGCUUAGUUGUAUUUGGCGGUCAGAAAAUGGUCAUAAAUUGCUGUCAGCCCACACUUGAGCCGCCUUCCGAGCCGUACAUGGACAAGCUGAUUGCAAACGCGAUUACGUGGGCUGCAUGGUACGGCACUAAGGUUGGCAAGGCGGUUCUGCGUGUCGCAGACGCCAAGUACCUACCCAUGGCGAGGUACCUCGUUCAGACCUAUCCCCAGUACUACGAGACAACUAUUGAAGCCAAAAUCGCCUCCCUGGAGUUGCCCCUAACAACCUUCCUCAAGGGCGGCUACAAGAACUGUGACGUAUACAUCGUUGGGCCGCACGAUGUGGCCUACCUGCAGAGCGGCAUCCAGGCCGUCCUUCAGAACUAUGUGCACAGCGGCAAGGGCCUGAUCGUUGUCGGUCCUGACGCCAUGCCCAACAUCUUUACUGAUGGUGGAGACGUUAGCAGUCAGGCGGCUGCUGGUCGGCGGCUUCUGCGGAAUGCGGAUGCGGCGGCUGCUGCCGAGUCCCUGGAAGCUCCACGUGUGCAGCUGCAGCUGCCGGAGACCAUCAGGCGCCAGCUGCAGACGUCUACUACCACCGUACUGGUAAACUACGUCACUGCCCCCAUGGGCAUUAUUACCACAAGCAGUGUCUCCGAUGCCGGUGGAAUGCUGGACCUGUCCCUACCCGCUGAGCAGGCCAACGCCGUGCUAGCAGCCCAGCAACUCUUAUUGUACGUGCAAGGCAGGCUGGUAAUGGCUCCCACGGCACUUUCAGCUGCUGUCAGCUCAAUCAUCCUGGCCCGGACAACUGUGCCGCGAACCACGCCAGGAACCACCCAGCUCUGGAGCUUUCUGGACCAGGUGGAUGUGGCGUACAGCAAAUACCCCGCUUUCUCGCCGCCGCCGCCGCCGCCACCACCAACGCGGCUGCUUCCACCCCCUACUGCUAUGCCGCCACCAAAGCCGCCACCCCCCGGCGCUUUGCCGCCCAACGUUGUGUUCAUCGGGUGCUUUGCGGAGAAUACAGCCGCACGCGUUGUGUCCACUGCAGUAAUGACUGCGUCUCGGGUCAACAGCGUUGACAGGUGCAUGAACGCGUCUGUGGCCCUCAACCCUGCCGGGCCACGGCCGUUUGUGGUCCUGGGGAUGUACCGGACCAACUGCUACGGCUCUUCCGGCGUGACUGCUGCCUUGCUGGCAUCGCAGCUUCCCGACUCAAACUGUGACGUCAGCUGCGCUGGUGCACCCAUACAACGCUGCGGUGGCAGCAAUUCGACCGCCACUGUCGCAAUAACCAGCUUAUACCGCGUGGUUUGGUAAGACAGCAAGAACUGCUUUUAAAACUUGAGUGUUUGUAUUGGAGCUUGCUAGUCUGCCGCCGUUACAACGGUUGAGGGGCUAUGCAAGCGCCGGUCGUUGCAACAGACGACCGUCGGCCCCGAUGGCCGUGGAAAACCCUACAAACUCAUUGUUUGCAGGCAGCGAUAUUGCAAUACUGCUAUAUAUUGUUUGUUGCGCUGGUUUUGCACGUUUGUGAGCAAGUUGUAGAAAGAAGCAGGAUGCUUCCAGUUACCUUCCGUACAAGUUGAAUUUGUUGGCCCUGUGCUCAUGCCCCUUCAUUUAUACGGUAACUCGUCUCUGAUGCUGAAAAUUUGUGGCCAGCAACGUUUCAGUUUAAGGGGCAUCCCGACUGGACCUGAGGCGUCCUUGUACGUCAUUACGGCUGCCAUGCAGUCGUCACUUACCGUGUUACGCUCUACCUGAUGGCUAUCUAAACGUUGACUGCGCGCGUGUUUCCUGUGAUGCGGUGAAAUAAGGUGAUCUGCGCUGCAUACGACCGGCGCAAAGUAUGUAGGGCUGCGGUGGCUAGCCAAACGUAUUCGUGGUUAUUAGCCGCCGUACAUCCUUAGUUUCCGGACUGGAACAAGGCAUCGGUUUGCGCCGUGCAUAUUGAUGUAGAGGGACGUUAGCUGCAUGCAGCUGUCCCGUGGGCUGCGCCAUGCACGAGGCAGCAGGAAUGGGGCCAAUGCAAGGAUUAGAGCAAUGACCAACGCAAUGUCCGGGCCCCGUUGGCGGGUGCACACGGGGAUUGCAUGGUUCAGGGAUACAGACUGUGUGCGAUGCUCGUGGCUUCAACGGAUGGAUGAUGCGAUGACCUUGAGGUGUCCUAUGUAUGGCGAACAUGAAACCUAAGUGUGCAUGACGAGCGAGCGUGCGUAUUUUCAAAACCUGGCCGUGAAUGUGUAUGCUUGCGUGAUGCUUCAGUUACAGUUACAGUCUGUACGCGGGUACAGUGUGUCCGUACGAGCCAGAGGGACCACGUGACAGCAUGAACGGUGUGAGGUGUCUCCUGCUGCUCGGUAUACUGCGGUUGCAGCUUCUCCUGGGCUAUGGUGCAGUCGGCGGCACUUCCGUGUACGAAACAUGGUUUUCGUCGUAUGACCGACAUCCUUGCCCGCUGUCUCCUUGCCAGUCAUUCGGUUUUCUUGCAUGUUAUUAGUUAGCAAUGUUAGGUUGCUAUUUGCUGCGGGAUGUGUUACUUGCUUGCUUGGAGAUGUCUGUGUGAACUAGUUUGUCCAUAAUGUUUGGUGCGUGCUGUCGAGCGCCUGCAUCAGGAAAGAAAUAUUUCAUGGGGCGCCGGACGUAGCUGUUAUCUGGUAAUGGCCCGUACGAACAUGGGCUUCAGGGAGCAGCAAGCACUGCCCGGCUGCCCAGAUGCAUGAGCGGUCACUCCUCAGAGAUGCUCAUCUCGCCUGCCCUGUCCCUCAUUCCACGGACAGCUCAGAUCAUGUGUAAGAAGCCACUGCCUA